AUGGCAGCAACAGCAAACAUCUUCGAAUCCAACGACGCCCUCCGCGCGCGCAGCGGCGCAUCAGGAGGCGGCGAAGAAGAAAGCGGCACCGAGCGCGCACACCGCAAAGUCGAACUGCAAUCGCCCGCCGACCUGGCGUAUCUCCUUGCAAACGUGCAGCGUGCGGCGCGCCAGAAGAUCGACACGCAUUUCCCGCCUGAGGCCGCGCCGGAGGGAGGGGAGGAUGCGAUGAGGAGGCGGGUGGAGGAGUUGGUUGAUGAGUAUAUUCGGAAUACUUUCGACUCGGCGAAGCAUAGCAUGUCCAUCAAUGGGAUGGAUUCGAGAGAGUUGGAUGCUGAGCUGGCCAAGGCGCAGGAUGGGGAGGGUAUGUGUUUCCCGUUGCAAUGGAUAAGGGAGCGAUUGUUGAUGGAGAGGAAUACAGAAAUCGAACCCUUCGACAGCAAACUCGCGCAACGAAUGCAAGCCCUGUCAUCCCAGAUCGAACGACAUACUCUCGACCUCGCCAAUCUGAGACGCACAGCGCCGGCCGAGUCUUCGAGGAGGUUUCAAGAGUCUUUUACACAACAUUCGCAGCUGGACGAUGCGCGACUACAACGGGAUGAGACGAAUCGACUGGCGGCUGCAAAGGAUACAGAGAUGAAGAUUGGCGAGACAGAGAGGAUGGAAGAGGUCCAAAGCACGUGGCAGAGUGGUGCGCAAAGUCUGUUGGCUCUCAAGACGGGCCUUGGCGGCACGGUGGAGAAGAUGGAGCGCGCGCAGAGAGUUGUCGAUGUCCUUGAGGGGCGGUGA